AUGUCGGUUCAUCACUGCCGUUCUACCGUGCUUGCACCCGUGCAGACUCAUGAAGAAAAUGCACGGUUGUGGGAGAGACUCCCCCCGCUUUCCUUCGGCAAGCUGGAGGCAAGUGCACAUGUAUGUUGCGUCGUGUCCUUGAGCAUUGUGUCACGUGGAAAGCAUCGGACAGUGCUGCAGGCAGACCUCUCUGCUGCGUCACUUCAAAACUCCGUUUGUCCCACAGGCAGAACUGUGCUUGCUGAUGUCAAUGUUGCUACGGGAUGUGCCAGAUGCCCUCGAUCUGUACCCAGUGAACACGGCAGCCCAACCGGAAUCGCUGCGAAACCCCAAGCCCCCCUAAGCAAGAAGUCAACACAGAACCCUGAACAUCCAGGAGACUGCAGAGUUGACCUCCACUAG